GGUUUGGUCCAAUGCUGCUGUGGGCCAACAGGAGAGGGAAGGCUGGGUGGGGGCAGAACAGAAGGGAGAGGACAGCAGGGCAGACGCUCUCCCAACACCUGCACCUGGUCACUUGAUUCUCACUCAGUCACCCCCCAAAAACUCCCCCUUUGACGGAUCCAUGGACCAACAUCUCGACCACAUCACGGUGAUGGGUGCUGCCAUCCAGGCGUAAACUUUUUCUUUUGGAUAAAAGUGGAACAAGCGUUCAGGGAUCAGCUGUAUGUGUGUGAUUUUCUCUCUCUUUUUUUUUUGCCUGGAAGAAUACCGUCGGUGAAUAGCGACUGAUUAGGUUUUUUUUUCUUCUCUGGAAGGGAUUUUCAAACCUAUCGGAUUGCUUUCUGUCUGCGCACAGUCGCGCUGAAAGGGAAAAAUUUCCAGCCCAGUUCCCGAAGCGCAAAACGCAGGGAAUGCAGCGGUAACAUCCCGCAAGUUUGAGUGGAUCUGAGAGGCACAGCGGCGACCGACAGAGCCAGAAAUCAAAGAUUUAGAUCUCUGUGGGCUACCUGCAUGGCUGUUACCAUGACAGCAUCUGGAGCCCAACUCCUCCUGUUGGCCUUAUGUGUUUACAGAGGCUCGGGCCUGCAGCAGUCUGCUCCGCGGGUUCGCCUCUCCUUCAAAGAACUCAUGGACACAAGAGCAGCACGACCCUUCAGCUUCUCCUUCAACACCAGCGACUACCGUAUCCUCCUGAUGGACCAGGAUCAGGGCCGUCUGUACUUGGGCAGCCGGGAGUACCUGGUGGCUCUGGACAUGCACAAUGUCAACAAGGAGCCACUUAUAAUCCAUUGGCCAGCAUCUGCUAAGAGAAAGGGAGAAUGUCAGAUGACAGGAAAGGGAAGACAGGGUGAAUGUGCCAACUUUGUGCGGCUGAUAGAGCCGUGGAACCGCACCCACCUCUACACCUGUGGAACGGGGGCGUACCAACCCAUCUGCACAUUCAUCAACCGAGGUUGGAGGGCAGAGGACUACCUGUUUCGGCUGGUCCCUGGGUAUGUGGAUUCAGGGAAGGGAAAAUGUUCCUACGAUCCCAAACAGGAGAACGCUGCGGUUCUGAUCAAUAAUAACCUGUAUGCAGGGGUUCAUAUAGACUUCAUGAGCACAGAUGCUGCUGUGUUUAGGACCAUGGGAGGGAGAACAGCAAUCAGGACAGAGCAGUAUGACUCCAGGUGGCUCAACGAACCUGUGUUUAUUCAGAUCCAGCAGAUCCCUGACAGUGCAGAAAAGAACGACGACAAACUUUACUUCUUUUUCCGUGAGAAGAGUCUAGACUCGAGCGGCGGGGCGAGCCCCACCGUUUUAGCCCGGGUGGGAAGAGUGUGUCUGAAUGAUGAAGGAGGGCAGAAGUCCCUGGUGAACCGCUGGACCACGUUCCUGAAGGCUCGUCUUAUCUGUUCGGUGAUAGGAGAAGAUGGAGUGGAGACACGAUUUGAUGAACUACGGGACGUCUUUAUUCAGCCAACGCAGGAUGAAAGAAACCCCAUGGUGUACGCUCUCUUCACUACUGCAGGCUCUGUCUUCAAAGGCUCAGCAGUAUGUGUGUACUCAAUGGCUGAUAUCCGCAAUGUUUUCAAUGGACCAUUUGCUCACAAACACGGACAUAAUUACCAAUGGACAGAAUACACUGGCAAGAUCCCUUAUCCUCGACCUGGAACAUGUCCAGGAGGAACCUUCACUCCUGGUAUCCGAUCCUCCAAGAACUUCUCAGAUGAGGCUGUGAAUUUCAUCAGAGCCCAUCCCCUGAUGUUUCACCCUGUUUAUCCAAUCCAUCGCCGCCCUCUGGUGGUGAGAACCGGGGUGGACUACCGUUUCACCGCUCUGGUGGUGGAUCAGGUGGAUGCUGUGGAUGGACGCUACGAGGUUCUCUUCCUGGGGACAGACCGAGGCACUGUGCAAAAAGUCAUAGUCUUGCCUAAGGACCCAACCAGCAUGGAGGAACUGACACUGGAGGAAGUGGAGGUUUUUCGGACCAGAGCUCCAGUCAAAACAAUGAAGAUAUCAUCUAAAAGACAACAACUGUACGUAUCUUCGGACGCGGGGCUAACCCAGGUGUCGCUGCACCGCUGUGGUGUGUACGGCAGGGCCUGCUCCGACUGCUGUCUGGCCCGGGACCCCUACUGUGCCUGGGAUGGAGAAAGCUGCUCUGCCUUCACCCCGUCGACCAAGAGGAGGAGCAGAAGACAGGAUGUUAAACAUGGUGAUCCACUGAGGCAGUGCAGAGGCUUUAACGCUAAAGUGGAGAAGCGUCUGAGAGAGACGGUACAGUUUGGGGUGGAAGGCAGCAGCACCUUCCUGGAGUGUCAGCCUCGGUCUCCUCAGGCUACUGUCAAGUGGCUCUUUCAGAGGGAGGGAAAGAGGAAAGUGCUCAACCGUGUGGGAGUUCUGAAGACCAACCAUGGCAUCCUUCUGAAGUCUCUGAACCAGUCAGACGCUGGCCUCUACCACUGCCUCGCCACAGAAAACAACUUUAAACACACAGUGGCCCGCGUGGCUUUGCGUAUCCUCGACCGAGACAUCGUUUUAGCUCUCACUGCUCAAGAUGAUGACGAAGAGCCAAAAACUCGCCAGGCGGGGCCUUUCCCUCAGCCGUCCCUCCUCUCCACCCCCUUCCCACCUGAGAUUAGACUGAUUAACCAGUACUGCCAGUCCUACUGGGAACAACUCAGCCCCAAACAGCAGCAGCAGCAGCAGCAGCAGCAGCAGCAGCGCAAGAGGACCAGCCGCAGGCACACAGAAAGCCAGGACCAAGGCCUCGGCUAGAGGACAGGCACAGCGCUGUCCAACACUGGCCUGUCUGGACUUCAUGGUGGACUUUUCGUUUUGACACAUUGGGUGUCACUUCCAUUCAUCAGGCAGGUAAUGCUGCUGUCAUUCUGUCAUUAAAGUACUAUAUUGGUGGUUUUGCAAGUGUCAGUCCAGUAAAGACAUAUUAAAUAUAUUUUACACUACUGAUGACCACAUUCUAAAUAAUAAUAUACAUCUCUGGUUUUCCAAACACGGCCGUAUUUGCCACGCAACUGUACCGUUAGUGUGGUGAGAAAGAACAAAGACUGCACAUUGGGAUUGAUCACUUAACUCACGCAAACUUGGUGUUGUUCUGGAAAAAGGCAGACUGUGAUGUAAAGUAUAUGCAACGUAUAGUUAACGGGCUCCAACAUGCACAAACACAGGUAUGGUUUCUUUUAAGUAUCUUGAAACAGAAAAUGUAAUAUAUUGAUUGUGAAUAUAAUAUAUAUGGUCAUGAUAUGGAUUACUCUUGUAUUGUAUGAAGAUAAUAUGAUGGCAUAAAUGCAUAUUUUGCAUGCGUACUGUUGUUGUUUGUUGCAAGUUGUACAUUUUACUGUUUCCAACCUCGGUGUGUUAUGAUGUUUGUAAGGUGUAAUGUAUUCUGUUAAGCUAAUUCCAUUGGAUGUUGUCAUGUAAUGACACCCUUUCUGUCCUGUGCUUUAGUGAUCUAGAGUAUGUGAGUGUUGAAGAUAUGUAUAGCGUACAGUGUUCUUCCAGUUAUGCACUUUGUCGGUGGUGGUAUUCGAGGGAAUUUGGGGAUCUUUGCACAGAUGUAUGAGAAAAUGAUACAGGAACCUAAGUUUUUUAUGUUAUAAAAAUGGGAAUGAAACUGG